GCAUCUUUUCUAGGAAGUAAACGCGUCCUAAUUUGAGACGCGGACUUUCCGGCAUUGCUGUAAAAGCUUCCGGCGCUACCUGGCUGUAAAUACUCUGUAUCUGACGCCGUGUCGCCCACGAAGGCGAUCAGGUUUAGAAAUAUCCAGAGGGAUCUUACGGUAACCUACAUCAGCCCGCCAAGAUGGCGAUGCAAGCGGCUAAGAGGGCGAAUAUUCGCCUCCCACCUGAAGUAAAUCGGAUUUUGUAUAUAAGGAAUUUGCCAUACAAAAUCACAGCAGAAGAAAUGUAUGAUAUAUUUGGGAAAUAUGGACCUAUUCGUCAAAUCAGAGUAGGGAAUACACCUGAAACCAGAGGAACAGCCUAUGUGGUCUAUGAGGACAUCUUUGAUGCUAAGAAUGCCUGCGACCACCUAUCAGGAUUCAACGUUUGUAACAGAUACCUUGUGGUUUUGUAUUACAAUGCUAACCGGGCAUUUCAGAAGAUGGACACCAAGAAGAAGGAGGAGCAGCUGAAACUUCUCAAGGAAAAGUAUGGCAUCAACACAGAUCCUCCCAAGUGAAUGACAGCCACGCGUGGUCCUGGUUACCUGUUCUCUUCUCUUCCUUUUUAAUUAGUACUGAAUAUUGUGAUUUCUUAUUUGAGAACUAGAAUGACUUAUGUGAAAGUUUUCUAGCAUUAGAAAAUAUAAUGUUAAUAAACUUGUAGCUUUUUUCUAUAAUGUGUCUUCUGUUAAACUUCUCACUUCUUUUUCCUAAUAUCAGUAGAAAACAAAUGAGGAGAAACACAUGUAGGUUAUAGAUGAGCUAAGGACUGAGGUGCUUGUGCUGGGGACGCUCGGCCUGGGGAGCCUGGCUGUUAGCAGUGUAACCUCAGUGGAGUGCUGUGUUGCUGUGAGCAAGACCUCACCCUACCGCCUAGAGGUCAGUCUUCUACUAGCAGCCUUAGGGUGAAGAUGUAGAACUCUCAGCUCUGCCUGUACCAUGCCAGCCUGGGUGCCAUCAUGAUAAUGGACUGGGCCUCUGAACCUGUAAGCCAGCCCCAGUUAAAUGUUGUCCUUAUAAAACUUGCCUUGGUCAUGAUGUCUGCUCACAGCCUUAAAACCCUUAAAACACUGA